UUAAAUUAAAAUAAUUAAUUUUAAUUGUCAAAUUAAAACCGAAGAAAAGAUUUAAAUACCAACUAUUAAUAUUUACCCAUAACAACACAAAACAGCCAUGGCCAACCAACUGGGUCGGGUCAGCUUUUGCUGUGUGAGCUAUAAAUCAUCUUCGUGUCAUCUUCUUCGUCGAGACAGAGUGAUCGGCUGGUCAGUCUACAAUAAAUAAUGCUCCGAUUUCUCAGAAAGGAAGAGAAACCUCUACUUGAUCUCAUCGUCGGACUGAGCCGAAGAUGGAUUAGCAGUGGCAAUGGCAAGAACAACAAGGUCAUGAGCUUUGGGGAUGGAAGCCAUGGGGCUCUGGGCCUACCUCCCUCCCUCAUUGGCAUGGGCUCCCACGCCUACGAACCCACUCCUAUCCCUGGUCUUCCACCGGACGUUUCUAGCGUCGCCGCCGGUCACUAUCAUUCUCUCGCCGUUACUUCUCAGGGAGAAGUAUGGGCUUGGGGUCGUAACCAUGAAGCCCAACUCGGCCGUGGCCCUCUUUCUCCAAGAGAAACAUGGAUUGAGCCAAAGAAAGUAGAAGGGUUAAAUCAAGUAAGAGUUCAAGCUACAUUUGCAUCUGGUGUCAUCUCUACAGCCAUUGGAGAAGACAGCUCGUUAUGGGUAUGGGGAAAGUCUAAGCGAGGGCAGCUUGGUCUUGGAAAAGGCAUCACUGAGGCCGUUUUACCUGCCAAGAUUGAAGCACUUGCUGGAGAAGAGAUAGUUAAGGUGUCACUUGGUUGGGGACAUGCUCUUGCGCUGACUAAAGAUGGAAAGUUGUUUGGCUGGGGUUAUUAUGCAGAUGGUAGAAUAGGAAAGAUGGGAAAAGAUUUAGAGUCCUCUCCACUGGAUUCAAGUUCUGAGAUUUUGAAGCCUGCAGAACAAAUCCCUAGUGCAAUGCUAGAAGUUGCUGAAAAGAUGGUAUUGAAAGCGAUUGAGCAGGAGAAAGACAUGCCGAUUAUCUGGGAACCCUGUUUAAUUGAAGAACUACGUGAUGUUGAAGUCAUUGAUAUUGCGUGUGGGCUUGACCAUUCCUUAGUUCUAUGCCGAGAUGGCACCCUUUUAAGCGGUGGGAGCAAUGUAUAUGGACAGUUGGGCAGAAAAUUACACAAUUUGGGAUUGGUGCCAGUUGACACAAGCUUUUGUCCAACCUCGGUGGCAUCAGGCCUCGGUCAUUCUUUGGCAAUAUGCCAGAUUCCUUCAUCGGAGGUCAGAGGAGAUAGACCAAGCAUUGUUUCAUGGGGAUGGAACCUGAAUUCACAGCUUGGUAGGGAAGGGCCGGAGGACCAGCCGUUGGUGGUUGAGGGGCUAACAGGGGAAAUACCUAUUUCAGUGUCAGGAGGGCGCACACAUUCCCUGUCUCUCACAUCGAAGAGAGAGGUUUGGGUUUGGGGCUGCGGUAGAAAUGGCAGGCUUGGGUUAGGCAGCUCAACUGAUGAAACUGAGCCAAUGUUGAUUGAAUAUUUGGAAGGUUCAGAAGUUUUGCAAGCUGUGUCAGGAUUUGAUCAUAAUCUUGUCCUGACUGCUGAAUGAUGUCAGUUGAACAUAACAAUCUUGUUUUCUGAGAUCUGGUGCCCUUUUUCCCACAAGUAAAACAUAUGCUUAGUCAGCAUUUCCAUAUUCCUCAUUCAUCGCGACAAUAUCUUAUUCAAACUAGCUGUUGAAAUGUCUAUCACUUUGGAAUACCCUUAAACAGAACAUGCAUGGUACUUCUUUAUAACGUGUGGAAAAUAAUUUGAAUAUUUCCCUGUUCAUGGGAACACUUGAAUUUUCAUGACAAUAAGGAUUCUUAUCUAACUAAAGCAGCAUAGUGAUGCUGCUGUUGUAAAUUGAACAAACUCAUCAGAAACAGGUUGCUUAGGUUGAUGGAAGUCUUUUUUCCAAAUUGGAAGUCAUUUUUGUAAAUAGUGCUAUAUUGGUCUUGCUGACUCUGAUCCAGAUGAGGCUUCAGGUUGAGAUAAUUGGAUUUUUCCAUGCUUUCCAUUACUGCAUUGAGAGAGAGAGUAACCAUGCAAAAUGAGUACAAUGUUCAACAUAUAACUGGUCAAAUCAUGUUAUGUAUGAAAUUCAUAGCUCAAUAAUGCAAUAUUAUGGCACAAAUCAGUGUGACAACCACAUCUCGAACUUGGGAUGUAUUGAUUGGAUGUAAUUUAUCCAUCAACUAUCCACCAAAAAGCAUUCAAAAGGAGAGUGGUAUGUCUAGAUGCCAAGCAACCAUGCUAUUUGAUAUGAAAUCUACUGUGAUUCUCGGGCAUAAACCUACAAUGUAUUGUUUAGAUGGAAGAACACUUAUUAUCGCUUUAAGUCUGACACCAGCAAAAUGAGGGAAAAGCACGUUGCCACUUGUCGUAUGCAGUGGGUACGACCAUUUUUACAAUGCAGUAGAACAGAGUACUUCAAAAGUUUUCAGGGCUGUCAUCCAGUUGCCUCUCAUCUUCUAUCUCUACCUCCAAAAUUUCCUGGAUGAAAAUCAAGGUAAGUAAAAGGCAUACUUGGUGCACGAGUCUUCCGUCAUUGCAGGGUUUGGGGAGUACUAACUGUAAAUCAAAAAAAAAAAAUUUGAUGGACUUACAGGAAUCUUCUGCUUCAGGUAA